UUCCUUCGUCACCGUAGGUCCUCCCAACCUCCAAAGUUCACCGUCGUCCGGUACCGAGGCCUCCGCUGUCCUCUCCUUUGCGGCCGAAGCUCGUCCUUAGUGGUGUCCUUGGUUUUUCUUCGUGUCUUCGUGAGCUCUAGCUCUGGUGCUGGUUCCUGGUAGCCUUUUCUCCUCGCUCCUUCAGUCAUGAUCUAAAAGACCUUGAUUGCAGGGUAAAAAUGACCUGCUGAUAUCAUAUAAUCCCCAAUUCACAGAAGAGAAUUCAAGCCUUGGUGUCUAAGAGGCUUUUGGUUGAUUCUCUUGCCAUGGCUGCAAAGAUUCUUGCAAACCUAAUUGUGAUGGGCGGUGGUAUUUUGGCUAGAGCAUUUGUUCAAGCAUAUCGUCAAGCUCUUGCUAAUGCCUCAAAAAAUGGUGUUGCACAAGAGACAAUACAGAAUACCAUUCGCAGAGCUAACAAAGCCAUGACAGAGCAAGAAGCUCGGCAGAUUCUUGGCGUGACGGAGGAAACCCCCUGGGAAGAGAUUUUGAAGAGAUAUGACAAUUUGUUUGAAAGCAAUGCCAAGAGUGGAAGUUUCUACCUUCAGUCAAAAGUUCAUCGGGCCAAGGAAAGUCUAGAUGCUGUCCAUCGAUAGAAGGGCCAGGAUACAACGACUUGAGGACCUCUUUUUUCUUUGUUUCUUUCUUUCUGUCUUUUUUUUUUUUUUUUUAAAAAAAACACAGCAUAACCUCGUGUCUAGAUGCUGAUUUAUUUAUAGAUAGUGCCUGCCAGCUUGAUCUCAUGAACUUAAAAAUUAAUAGUCUUGCAUUUGCAUAUACAUUAGUUAUGGCAAAUGUCUCUAGAAAAAGUAUAUAUUAACAUGGCUGGUGAGCCAAGUGCAGUUAGGAAUCCGGUGGAUGAUAACAAUAUUGGUGCUUCCCUCGUCCAAAGAAGAAAGAUGAUUGUUGGUUCUAAUUA